AAACUUAGCCAUUCCUUCUUCAUUUUCUGCUGGUCUGGCCGAACUUAGCAAGGAGAGAAACACCAAGGAAGAUUUCUUCAUUUCAUCUCCAACUCCAACAAAUAAGUGAGGAAUCAAGCGAAGUAAACCGAUUAAACUUGUUUUCUAGUGACUAGCUAGUGAGUGGUGGUGUGAGUUUUGAAGGGAAGAGCUUGUGCUACUCUUGGUGACUCUUAAUCAAGGUGAUGGCAGACACUGACUCUUCUGGGGGUGCUGGACCGUCCCAGCCUGCACCUACUGACAUUCCGACCGAGAUACCUACUGAGGUGCCUGAGGUGCCUGAGGUGCCUACUGACGCACCUACUGACGCUCCUGAGGUUGAGCCAUAUUUAGCGGGCCCUGUAUGCCGCGUGAUCACAUACCAGGAGGUUCCCGGCGGGCCAGUGCAGCGGUGGUCCCCAGCGCGCAAGAUCCGGCGCUGCGAUUGCUGGAAGACCUACUCUUACCCUGACCGAGUAGUGCUUGCUAUAGAUGAUGAUCGGAGACGAUUGGGUAGCACCAAUCGUAGGUGCUUUGCGGAGAUAGAGCGUCUCCAGGCUACUCUCCGAGAUCAGGGAGCUCGGAUACGCGAGUUGGAGGCCGCAGUUCUGGCAGAGCAGCAGCAGUCUGAUGCUUACCGUGACCAGGCUCAUGCGGUGACUGGACGUCUGAUGCACAUAGUUGGACACAUACGAGACCGGACUGACCGCAUCCUGACCGAGUGCGAGGCACUUGUUGAGGACGUGAUCCAGGACUUGGCCGAGGAAGGCCAAGCGCCUGCAGCUCCUGCCGCUCCUGGUGUCCCUGAGGAGGAUCCAGAGGAGGAUCCUGAGGAGGACAUGGAGGAGGAGCCGAGCGCGUCCUCAGAGUCAGUUGGGUCGGCGUCUAGCCAGACCACUUGUUAGGAUGGAGGUUUUAGGAGUUUUUGUGGGCUAGUUAGGAACAUAGUGGGACGACACGUCUUCUUUUGUUUUUGUUUUAGACGUGUCCUGGUGGAUGUAAAUAUCUUUUGUUCUAUGUUCCUUGGCUGUUAUAGCCUUUGACUACGUGACUUGUUGGCCUGUAUAUAUGACUUGUUUGAUAUGU